CAGCUUCCAAACCGAAUAGCACAUUUGGAAUCGACUCCGAGCAAAGCAGUCAAGUUACAACCAGAAUGAGGACUGAAGGCAGCUCAGUAUCAGUGAAACCCAAUGCCGGGAGUGAAACUGUCAGGAGUCCAAUUGACCUCACCUCCACUCACAAGUCCAUCUCUUCUAACUUUGUGAUCAAGAACCCCUCGGGAGAGGCGUCCGUGGCUGUAGCCGACAGCAGCCCCGAGAUGGAAAGCUAUCAAUUGAAGAUGCUCGAGGUUCCUGGCUCAGCCUCCGUGAACAGCAAGCCGGCUCGCUCCCUCCAGAAAGUCUUCACUCUGGUCCUAGCCGUGGAGAAGUUCAAGAAGAUGACUAACGCCACCUUCAAGGACAGCGAUCUACUGGGCUUCAAUCACAUGAUCGAGGAGGCCAUCACCAGGAUAAGCUACGAUCACUCAACGAGAUCCAACAGCUCCUAUAGAUUUUGGAAGAGCGAGUCUCGGAAGGUGAGAGACUACGAGGAUAAAUGUCUGGUCCUCUCACCCAGCAGCAAGCUCAUCGCUCUCUUCCUACAAACAACUGAACAAGAAGUGACCCUGGACAUCCGUCACUAUAGGACAUUUUCAGGUGACUACCAGCCAGUGGUCCUGGGAAUCAGAGGCAAGAACAUGUUCCUAUCAUGUACCAAGCCUCACGCUAACCCUGAGCUACAAGUGGAGGAAUGGAAUAAUAACCUGAACGACAUCAGCAGCGCGACCAAGCAACUUCGAUUCGUUUUCUUCAAGAAAGUAUCGGACAUGGGAUCGACCUUCGAGUUCGAGUCUGCCAAUCACCGUGGUUGGUACAUCAGUACAUCAAAGAAAAACAGACAGACCGUGGAGAUGGAGGUGAAGGAGAAGAACAGAAUAACUGUCUUCACAGUCUCCAUGUGAAGUACACCCGCGUCCAAGAAUCCCAAAAAACCCACAUCAGGCAAUGUUGGUUUAGAGAGCAUAUGUAUGUACUAAGUACACGAUUUUCAAUGCACUUUAGGAGGGAGAUAUAUAUAUGGUCAGUAACUGAUCAAACAAAAAUAAUAAUAAUAACCUGGUCAUUCAAUCCACGACUGUUUGUGGGACACUGCUGGGCGCGAUUGGCUGCUGCGUUUCGCCCACAAAAUAUGCAGUCACUACAAUUUACAGUAUAUUCUGUGAAGCGCUUAGAGACGUCUCGAAGACGUGAUAAGGUGCUAUAUCAAAUGCAGGUUAUUAUUAUUAUUAUUAUAAGCUUCCUCCAUUUGCAUACCAUUUUUGCUUAUUGUUGACUGAAGGAUUAUAUUUGACCAAGAAGUUUAGUAAUAUUUGCCACUUUUUCACUUUUAAAGAAUAUAUAUAUUUAAUAUGUAGUGAAAUCUAUUUUGUUGGAAAAUGGUGCAGGGAUCCAACUAUUUAUUGUUAAUUUAUUGAAGGUCUUGCUAUGGUAAAUAUUGUUAUUUAUUUUAUUUAAUAUUUAUUAUUUAUUGAUCAAGCUGGUUUACUUUGUUGGGACAAAUUAUUGAAUGAAUACAAUUCUGAAAUAGAUAAGGCAGUUAAUUAUUGCUAUUUAUUAUUUAUUAUUUAAUAUUUUAUUAUUUAUUGUUUGACUCUGUUUGUUUUGUUGGGAUAAACUAUUGCAUUAAAACAUUUCUGAAA